AGCCAAAAGCCAUCAGCCGCCUUGUGAACACAAAACCGACCCUAGAGGACACCGCCAAAUGUUAGGAUGAGAGAGGAGGCUUUGUGGGGCCCAUACGCUUUCCCUUCUUUCUUUAAGCUAUUCGUCCAACUCAAGAGCCACCACCUCCCAACAAACAUACAACACACCACCUAGGCACCCACAACCGAGUUCAGAAUCCAGAGGUGCAGUGAAAGUGCAAGAAACUGGGAGAUAUGAGGAAGAAAAAGAUUGGAUUUUUAGAUAGAAAUUGAAGAAACAGAGCAAACCCAUUUCUCCACACUCCUAAAUAUAUAUUACCCUGUUUUUUGUUUUGCAUCUUUUGUUUUCUUCGAAAUGGAUCACUGGUCUCCUUCUCUUGCGGUUGAUGAGGAGUUUGAGAAGCUUGCGAUUCGGAUGAACCCUCCAAGGGUCACAGUUGAUAAUGAUGCAAGCACCAAAGCCACUCUGAUUCAGGUCGCCAGUGCUAACAGGCGUGGGAGUUUGCUAGAUGUCGUUCAGGUUUUGACAGAUUUGGAUCUUAUAAUUAAAAGGGCCUAUAUCUCUUCAGAUGGGGGAUGGUUCAUGGAUGUGUUUCAUGUCACAGAUAAGCAUGGAAAUAAGCUACCUGAGGAUGGUAUUGCUGAAAGAAUUCAACAGUCACUCAGACCAAGGGCGUAUAGCUUUCAGUCCUUGACAAGGUCAGUAGGUUUUCAAUCUGCACCAGAACAUACAACCAUUGAGUUGACUGGAAGGGACCGACCGGGUCUGCUCUCGGAGGUCUUUGCUGUUCUUGCAGACCUUAAAUGCAAUGUUGUUGCUGCUGAAGUGUGGACCCAUAAUUCUAGAAUGGCGUCCGUGGUCUAUAUCAAUGAUGAGGCUACUGGAUUUCGAAUUGAUGAUCCUGAAAGACUUAACAGGAUCAAACAACUUCUUCUCCAUGUCCUAAGAGGGGAUCGAGAUACGAAAAGUGCCAACACUGCUGUUUCUGUUGGCUCGACCCAUAAGGAAAGGAGGCUGCAUCAGAUGAUGUAUGCUGAUCGUGAUUAUGAUAUGAAUGAUAUGGAUAGUAGGUCAUCAAGCAUGCGUAGCAAACCUAUUGUCACUGUUGAAAACUGUGUUGACAAGCAAUAUACUACCGUGAGCCUGAGUUGCCAUGAUCGACCUAAGCUAUUCUUUGAUACGGUUUGUACAUUGACAGAUAUGCAGUAUGUUGUAUACCAUGCAACUGUAAUAGCUGAAGGACCAGAGGCUUAUCAGGAAUACUAUAUCAGGCAUGUAGAUGGCUGUCCUAUUAGUUCUGAUGCUGAAAAAGAAAGGGUAAUUCAUUGCUUGGAGGCUGCUAUUAAGAGGAGAUCUUCUGAGGGUAUAAGGUUAGAACUCUGUGGUGAGGACAGGGUUGGACUAUUGUCUGAUGUUACUCGCAUCUUUAGAGAAAAUGGUCUUUCAGUUACUCGAGCUGAGGUUGCAACCAUAAAUUCCCAAGCUGUGAAUGUUUUUUAUGUAACUGAUGCAUCUGGAGAUCAGGUCAAGACCGAAACAAUCGAAGCAGUUCGGAAAGAGAUAGGCCUGACUAUCCUUCAUGUUAAGGAAGAUGCUUACUCAAUAACUCCACCUCAGGAUAGUGGGAGAUUCUCUUUGGGCAAUAUCUUUAAAUCUAGAUCAGAGAAGUUCCUCUAUAGCUUGGGAUUGAGAAAGUCAUGUUCUUGAGCUGUUCACCAGGGUUAGCCACAGGUUUUCAAUCGAAAACCACCAACAUGUAAAUCUUGUAAAUACAUUUUCCCUUUCUCCACCACUUAACUAGUCUUUGAAGAACAUUGCUAAUACAUACAUUAAUGCUCCCUUUCACUGUAUAAGAUCCAAAUUCAUUGCUUUGUUCCAUUGGAGGUUGUUAACUGUCCUGUUUAGUUUAAGU